CAAAGAUUUAUUUCAUUGAAAAAUAUUUACAAUGUAAUUUUAGAUAUGGAUAUUUUAUGUUAAAAAAUGUCGCUUUGUGAAUGUUGUGCUAAAAGUAACUCAAUUUACAACAAAAACAGCCCAGGGCAUGAUGUACAAAUUAUUACAUCCACACAGAAAAUUUUUCGUCUUAUAUUCGUGGAUAAUUUUUACAUUGAAAGAUGGAAAUUGCAAAUUAUAAUUAUUAUCAUCUAGAUAAAAAAAGCUAUUUAUGAUUGUGGUUUUAUUGGAUACAUUAUUUUUUUAAAAAAGGUUAUAGCUGCACCACAGAAAUGCUAUAUAUUUCAAUUCCCAAAAAAAUAUUUAAAAAGAAAAUAUAACGUGCCUUAAUAAGGAGUUUCAAGAAAGGCUAAUGUUUACAUUAUAAAAGUUUAUGUUGAGAAUUGAAAUAUACGACAAUGUCUGAAACUUAUGUCUUCCAUAAUUUACAUUUCGUAAAAUUUUAGUAAAGUAGGAAUAUAUAUUUAAGUAGAAUAUUGCAUUGAGCUGUCGCUAUACAUAUUUAUCGUUAUAGUCAAAGUAAUAAAUCAGUAAAAUAAACAUAAAAUUAUUAAAAAUUUUUAAUUCUUUACAAAUAAUCAACUAUUGGUCAAUUUGAUAAUUGGUGCCGCUCAAAAACAAAAUGUAAUAGAUGAUUUGUGCUUACACUUUAUUGAAGAUAUCGAAUGAAAUGCUUGAGGUUCCUAUUUAUUUAUUGGCUAUUUUCAGACUUAAAACUCAUUUGUAUUAGUUUUCCAAAAUCUCAUUAUAAUGUUGAUCGGUUAAAUGAAAAAAAUUAAUGUAACUACUUUUACAAUCGUCCAUUACAUAAUUUAUUUUUCAGAACCUACGUAUUAUCGAUAAUGUUAGAAGAUCUUAAUAUUUUCGAAUUUCAUAAAUUCAAUUAGUCGACUUUGUUUCAGUCUGAAAAUAAUGAAUAAUGCUACUAUAAUCUGACUAGAUUUCUGAUACUGGUUAUCAAAAAAUAUGUAAGAUAAAAACGUAUUCGAAUAUGUAUACAGGGUGUCCAAAAAGUUCCGGGACACCUCAGUAAGUCCUGAGAUAUAACUAUUUCCGAGGAGAUUAAGGUUAUUCCUGUAGUAACUUUGAACGAGGAAUCCAGUGGUGACCUUGGUUUUGACCUGGAGCUUGACCUUCAAGGUCAUUUCAAGGUCAACUUUUUUUUUCAAAUGGGAACCCCUAUUUUUGACAACGGCAAUCGAAAGAGCGGGAAAUUUUACGUCCAAAACGGUUUUUAAAAUUUUUUUUCAUGGCCUUGAGAAGGUCGAUUUAAGGUCAAAUGCUUGAAAAACUGCCUAAAAGCGUUUUUUUAAUUUUUAAGAUAUCGAAAAAUGACCUCUACAAAAUUUGUUCAGAACAGAGUGGGCCACCCAAUGCACCAAAAACCUUUGACCUUUAACCUCAUUUUGAAGGUCAUUUCAAGGUCGAAGUGUUUUUUGUAAUGGAAACCCCUAUUUUUGACCCCGGAUUCGCAGAUAGCGCGAAAUCAGAAAGAAACAUUCAAAACGCAGUGAGUGGAAAAAACUUAUCCGGCAAAAAAACUGUCUCUGCUUGCUCCUCAUUUAAAACAACUUGACUUUCGGUUUGGAUAACCCGAUAAAUACCGGCUAAUCGACCCAUAGGGUCAUGAUUAUAGCCAUGGUAUUUCAUGUUGGUGGGGUAUAUAACUAGCCACGCGCGCCUGCAAGUCCCACAGUAAAAUUUUGCUGCUGGACCUGUAGGAAGUUAUAGAAUAGUUUACCACGAGGAUUUUUCAUUUGUAAAUGUUAAAAUUUUUAUUAGACGAAGACGAUUUACGAUUAAUACAAAAAGUUAAAAAUGACGACGCAGCAGGAAACAUUCGAAUUCGACGUAGAGCAAAACGAAACUCAGAAUCUCUUCGAGAACGAGGCUCAAUGUUCAAGUUUGUUAGUACCAGUACAGAUCAUACAGACGCAGGAGAUGGGAGUGCAAAAUUUCGAAGACUUGACAGAGGACGAAAAGAAACGAGCAAUAGACGAUCUAACGUUGAUGAAAUUUCUAAAAAAGGUAUGGAUUUACCGAUUAAUAAUUCUGAAUCAUCCGACGAUAGUAGCAACGUUGGAAGCACGAAUUCCAAUGACGAUGGUCGAACAACUAACAUUUUACAAACAAAUAAUCAAGAGUUUUGUACAAUGGAGGAGCAACGCAAAGUAUUGCGGACCCUGUGGAAUCGAGCAAUUCGAGAAAUGGGUCUUAAAUCACGGAUAUUGCAUGAUGUAUGGGAAAAACCACGAUCUCUUGAGGGAAAGUUUUUUUGCCAAAGCCUUCGAAAUAAUAACAGAAAUAAAAGAGGCGUGUUUAUCGUCGCCGUCCACGGGGAACAUCUCCAUGUCGUACACGACUGUAGCUACACCAACUCGCAGUGUAGAUGUGGAUUUAUGCAAAAAUUCGCAGAACAAGAGGCAAAGCAGGACACCAGCGAAAAAGAGGAAAGUAAGUUUCAGAGAGAUAAAAAUGUCAUCAUCAGAAAACAGCGACGAUCAGCAUUCGGACUACAGCAAUUGCAAGAGGAAGCGGAAAGAGAUUACCAAGAAAGUAUCUUCACAGUUUUCCGAGAGCGAGAACGAACUAGUGCAACCGGAGGAGAUAACAUUAGAGGACGAGGAAACGGACAGCGACAAAUGCGCGACAGCGAUAAUUCCACGGACGAGUAUGAAGAAAAUAAUGAAUGCAAAAAAUUUAUUGUUCGAUGGAAUCGACGAAGAUACGCAAGUGGCCUCUAUGACCGAAACCACUGGAUCAAUUUGGUCUUCUACUUGUCUCAAAACGGGCGACAAAUACAUGCAUUACAAAUCGGAAGAGAAACGUGGAUCGAUGGUGGUAAAGUUAGAAAUUUACAAAUUCGCCGACUGUUUCAGGAAGGAAAAGAAGGAGUGGUGGCGACAAGCAGAAUUUCGUGCGACAACGGUUCUACGUUCAACGGACCAAAUUGCUAUAGACAAGGCAUACAAACUGGCAUCGACAUUGAAGAACAUACAGAAAACAAAGAAAGGGAAUCAUAUAUCCCACACCCAAAACCCUUAAAGAUGGAAAGUUUUUUUAAAUCAAUAUUAUGUACUCCUUUAAAAAAUAUUUUAUAUACUGGACAUUGGAUCAAUUCUAAAUACAGAAAUAUUGAAACAACUAAAUUAAUAUACGCAGCUUCAUGGCAAGAACGUGAAAAUUAUUAUUAUUCUAUUAAAGAUAGUGUUACUAUAUUAGAAAAGUUAUUGUUAUAUCAAGUUAAAAAUAUUAAAGCAUUUUUAAUAAUAUUAUACAAUUUUUUAAAUAAGCAAAUACCAAAAAAAAAUUGCUUAUAUAUACAAUCAGAUCCAAAUGCAGGAAAAAAUUUCUUUUUUGACGCUGUAUGCCAUGCAAUGAUAAAUUUUGGUCAGAUUGGUAAUUUUAAUAAAUUUAAUAAUUUUCCAUUACAAGAAGCAGUUAACAAAAGAAUUAUUUUAUGGAACGAACCAAAUUUUGAACCUGCAGCAACCGAAACAUUAAAAUUAAUAUUUGGAGGAGAUACAUGCAAUGUUAAAGUUAAAUUUAAAGAUGAUGCAGUUAUCAGACGUACUCCAGUUAUUGUAUUAUCCAAUCCGGAUGUCAUUUCAACAGAUGGAGCAUUUGCAACAAGAGUAAUAAAAUAUACGUGGAAAAGUGCACCAUUUUUAAAACUGUUUAAAAAGAAACCAAUACCAAUAUCUAUUUUUUAUUUGUUUAUUAAAUAUAAAAUAAUUUCUUGUAAUGAUAUAGAUUUAGAAAAUUGGGAAAAGAAAAUAUGUUGUAUUCAUUGAUAUGGAAAAGG